AUGGCAGAUCCCAACACUCGUCUCCCGCUUAAUCGCCAAUCGGUUCUGGAUGCUCACGAACUUAUUAAAUCGCAUAUUCAUUAUACCCCAGUUCUGACAAAUAGGACAAUUGACGAAAUAGCGAGUACACCACAGACUGCGGAGGCCUUGAAAGGGACAGAGUGGGAAGGAAAGGAACCUGCGAGACCGAAAAUUAGACUAUGGUUUAAAUGUGAGAAUCUACAGAGGGUGGGCGCAUUCAAAGUUAGAGGGGCUUUUCAUGCACUGAAGAGGUUAGAGGAGGCAGAAGGAGGAGUUGAAGCUGGGCAUGGAGAAGGAGGUUGGAGACAGAAGGGUGUGGUUACACAUAGCAGUGGAAACCACGCACAAGCCCUCGCACUCGCAGCCCGUGAACUCGGCAUCCCAGCCCACAUCGUCAUGCCCACCAUCUCGACACCCUCAAAAAUAGCCGCGACCAAAGGUUACGGCGCAAAUGUUAGAUUCAGCGGGUCAACAUCAGUAGAGCGAGAAGCAAUGGUUGAAGAGGUUAUGAAGGAAACAGGCGCAAAACUUGUGCCGCCAUACGAUCAUCCGGAUAUUAUUGCUGGGCAAGGAACCAUGGGUCUGGAAUUGGCAGAACAGGUUAGGCAAUUACAAAGUGAAAGAGGCACAGGCAAUCAAGGUGGCCAGGAGACAAAAGGAUUAGAUGCGAUUAUUACUCCUUGUGGAGGCGGGGGUAUGUUAUCAGGCGUUGCGCUUUCGUGCGAAGGAAGAGGAAUCCGAGUAUUUGGCGCGGAACCCGAGUUUCAGGGCGCGGAUGAUGGACGGCGCGGUUUCGAACAGGGGAAGAGAAUUGAAAGUGUGAAGAGUCUCACGAUUGCGGAUGGGUUGCGCACGCCGGUGGGGAAGAUUCCGUGGAGUGUUAUUUUUGAGAGGAGAUUGGUGGAGGGUAUGUUUAGUGUGACGGAGGAGCAGAUUAAGAAGGCGAUGAGGUUGGUGGUUGAGAGGAUGAAGGUUGUGGUGGAACCGAGUGCGUGUGUGGGGCUUGCGACGGUGUUGUUUCAUGAGGGGUUUAGGGGGGUGGUGGAGAGGGAAGCGGGGGAGAGGGGGUGGGAUGUGGGAGUGGUUUUUAGUGGGGGAAUGUGGGGGUUGAGGCUUUGGGGGGUUUGUUUGGGGAUGGGGGUAAUGGGGAGGAAGGGGAGAGGGCACAGGGGAAGGUGA